AUGCGAAGGGUAGCAGGAGCUGUUCUUGCUACGACGAUAUGUUCGAGGGCAGCCGUAAUCCCAGCGUUUGUAGCAGUGCCACCACCGGCAACAACAACAUCGUCGUCGUGGCACACCGCAGAGAGAUCAUGCUCACUCGUGCCAGUGCAGUCCGUACGACAAGAGCAAGACGCGGGAGUGAAGGAGGAAGAGGAGGAAGAAGGAACGUAUGGAGGGGAUGACCAGCGGAGAUUUUGGGAUACCGUGGUCAAGGUUCUCAGGAGCGAGCUAGGCGCAGGAGAGAACCAGCCGGAAGACCUUUCGCGUGUCUGGGGCUUCGUCGCGCACAACCGAGAGGGAAAGGCCCCUCCCGCGGAGCCGUCGCCCUCGUACAGAGCUACCGGCUUGUACUUCCCGGGGCUGGAGGCCAAGCCCUGGUGGGAUGAUAGGUCAGAAUGUUCUUGGCUGCAAGACUUGGAGGACGCCGCCCCUGACAUCAAGCGGGAGAUGGAGGCUCUUCAGAGAUCGGGGGGCGCGCGGAGCUAUAAGGGCGGCACGGGGGAGAUGAGCACGGUGUACGAUGCUACACGUGGAUGGGGUACGAUGAGAAUACGCUACAUGGGCAGGUUCGGUCAGCCCGGCGUCAACUACUCCCUCCUGCCGCGCACCCUGGCCGCCCUGCGCCGGCUCCCGCUGGCCCCGGAGACCGCCGCCUUCCAGCGACAGCUCGCCGGCACGGGCCUGCCUCUGCAUGUCGACCCGAGCAACUUCGUGCUCGGCUGCCAUGUCGGGGUGGUCGUGCCCCCCGCCGCCGCCGCCGCGGGGGCGGCGGGCGUACAAGGGUCCGCCGACGGCUCGGCGGAUGCGGCAGCAGCUGCCGGCGACCGGCGAGGCGGCGCGAACCGGAAGAAGAGGGUUGGCGGGGGGGUUGGGUUUGGGGGAGGUGGUGGCGUGAGGAGAGAGAAGAAGGCGGCCGGAGGGGAAUCCGGGGGCGCGGGGUCUACCGCCGAGGGCGGUGCAGCCGAACGAAGAAGCGGGACUGGUCGUGACGGCGGGACGGAGAGAAGAGAGCGAAGCGGAGAGCGAGCGUGGAUAGAGGUUUCCGGCGAGAAACGGCACUGGGAACCGGGCCGAGCGUUCGUCUUCGACCCCUCCUUUUUACACCGCACGUACAACCCUACGGACGGGGAGCGGGUUAUUUUGAACAUUGAUGUGUGGCAUCCAGGGCUGAAGGAAGUCGAGAAGACUGCUAUCCGGAGGGUUUGCGAGCUGGUUGAGCAAUGGAACUCACGGUCAGGCCUGUUCGAGGACUAA